AUGGCAGACAAAUCUAAGCUCGUUCCGGCUUCACCGGUCAGCGGAAAACGUCGCUCCACUCCUCUCGCCUCACCCUCAGGUACCGUCGAAUCUUUGCGCGCAGCGCGCGUAACGUCUCUCCGUGUCGCUAUGUCAUCUCCGGGGGGAACUGUAUCAUCUGGCACGUCACGGUUAUCAGCAGGGAGCCCUGUUCCGAAGUCCGACGCAUUUUCUGAGGCUGUUAAACUCGAAAUCAAAAGACUCGCGGAUAAUCAGUGUUGGGCGUGUCUGGCGCCAAUGACACAGGUCUGUCAUGUGUUUGGGAAGCUCGACCCUCAAUUAGGACUAUGGUAUAGUCAGAAUCUCAUCGACUUUUGUCUAUCCUCAAAAGAUAACGGAAUUGCAUUGUGUCCGCUAUGUCACAACUACUUUGACCAAAGUACCGACCCGGGAUUCGUUUUUCUGCCUACUGAUUUGCAGUAUUUUAUCGAAUUCGAGCUCAAUGACCAUGAUCAAAGGAAACUAGGAGAUGGUCGUUGUCGAAAGGUUCCCUCUGCUGAGGACUAUAGGAUGCAUCAGUUAAAGAAGGAUGAGAUCAAUGUGGAGUCAGUCGGUGGGCUCUACCGCCCGAUUUUCCUUCAAAACUAUUUGGUCGGAGGUCAACUUUCCCCUGAACAAUUGGAAUCCCUUUCGACUCCAAAACCAUGGCAUGGUGCCCCGAUAGGAACCCUGCGACGCGGCAUUCUAGUACUAGGAGGAGGUCGAGUACGCUCUCUGGAUGACCAAACCCGUUUACAACUCGAGUCACUCCGGGAUCUGUACUUCCUAGACAGCGAGCCCUCACCAUCCGCUCUUAUUGACGGCAGACAGCCAGCGUCAGUGGCAGAGCAAGGGGAUAAGAGAUCAGCCGAGGAUGAACUGGAGGGGCCGAACAAGAGGUCAAAGUUUCAGGACUCAGUGGGCGUACAGAAAAACAAGGCUGGGUUUGAGAACAUUAAUUACUCACACUGUCCUAAUCAUAUUGACUUCUGCCGGAAAUGGGUAUUGGGUCCCGACUUCACAGCAGCUCAGGCAGUUCAGCGAUAUGCUUCCAUCCUCCAUGAAUGA